UCAAAGUCAAGUCACGACUCCCGCUUUCAAAGCAGAUUCGCUCAGCACCCAUCCUUUCUUCGUCACCGUGACGCAAAAGUACUCUAUCUAAGCACGAUAAAGUGAUCUUCCCACUGCUCGAAGUGAGGAAGACACCCAUUCGUAUAAAACACUGGCUCGCUUCCCCAUACCACCGCUAUCCCGCCUUCUUCAAGCAACGCAGACCCCCAGACUUUCUAGUACACCGGCUGUUAAUAGACUUGCACAGAUCUCUCGAGCAUUCGCCUCCUCGACUGUAAAUAUGGCACCCAUCGAGAAACCAACCCCUGGCGAGAAGUACGACGUUAUCUUCAUUGGUGGCGGGAGUGGCGGGACUGCUGGAUCGCGCCGCGCUGCAUCGUAUGGAAAGAAGGUCGCUUUGAUCGAGCAGGAUGGAAAGCUCGGCGGGACUUGCGUCAACGUUGGAUGUGUGCCAAAGAAGAUAAUGUGGCACGCAGCUGAUAUUGCUGAGAAGAUGCGCCACGCAGCCCUUGGGUACAAUUUCAAGAACGUUCCCGCUCCCGAGUUCACCUGGAAGACCUUCAAGCCACAACGCGAUAACUACAUCAAAUUCCUCAACGGUAUCUACGAGUCCAACGUCAGCAAGGAAGGCGUAGCUUACCACAUCGGCCACGCCAAACUCACAUCGCCCAACUCUGUCCUCAUCACCCCAGGCUUGGCACCCUACUCCAAACCCCCUCUCAAAGAGCAAGCCGGGCGUGCGGACGGUGAGUCGUACACGAUUCACGCGGAUCAUAUUGUUGUGGCGACGGGUGGAAGGCCCACCAUCCCCAAGGACGAGGACAUCCCCGGUGCAAGCUUGGGUAUCAACUCGGACGGGUUCUUCGAACUGGAGGAUCAGCCAAAGAGGGCCGUGGUCGUCGGUGCUGGAUAUAUUGCUGUAGAACUCGCUGGCGUUCUGCACACCCUGGGCUCCGAAGUUCACCUCCUCAUUCGUAAAGAGCAGGUCCUCCGUACGUUCGACCCUUCUCUCAACGAGGUCCUCACUCCAUGGAUGGAACGCACCGGCGUCAAUGUUCACAAGACGACCAACGUCGUACGCGUUGAGGGCGAGCGCGGUGGCGAGUUGACUAUCCACACCGAUAAGGGAGACGCCAUUAAGGCCGACUGUCUCAUUUGGGCCAUCGGAAGGCAUGCGAACACGGAGGAUCUCGGUCUGGAGGAAUUGGGAAUCGAGCUGGACAAGAAGGGCGAUGUUGUCGUGGACGAAUGGCAACAGUCGAACGUGAAGAGUGUUUGGGCUAUUGGAGAUGUGCAGGGCAAGGCGUUGUUAACGCCCGUGGCCAUCGCUGCCGGGAGGAGGUUGAGCAAUAGGUUGUUCGGUCCGGAGAAGUUCAAGAACGACAAGCUCAGUUAUGCAGACAUUCCCACUGUUGUGUUUUCGCAUCCGCCGAUCGGUACUGUUGGCCUCACGGAGCCCGAGGCCAGGGAGAAGUACGGUGACGCUGUCAAGAUCUACAAAUCCUCGUUCCGCGCCCUCUACUUCUCCAUGCUCCCGCAAGAGCACAAGGAGCCCUCGAUGUUCAAACUCAUCGUUGUCGGCGAAGAGGAGAAGGUCGUUGGCGUGCAUGUCAUUGGUUUAGGCUCCGAUGAGCUCUUACAAGGCUUCGCCGUGGCAGUCAAGAUGGGCGCAACGAAGCAAGACUUUGAUGACACUGUGGCCAUUCACCCGACCAGUGCUGAGGAGCUCGUUACCCUCAGGUAAACAGAAGCGAAAGUUCUGAAAGGCUAGAUUUGGGGAGAGGCUCAUAUGUCAAUGUAACGCAAUAGAAAUCGAUGUAUACCAUUUUUCAGU